AUGUCAAAUUCAGAUGAUGAUUUUGAUGAUGAUGAUGAAUUAUUAUUAGAUAUAAUAACUGGUAAAACUCAAACACCCAUUGGUAAUAAUAAUAAUAAAAUUAUUCAAAGUUCAAUUUUACAACCUAAGUCAACUGUAUCUAAUGAAACUCACCCGAAAAGUACACCAGCAACAUCUAUACUAAAUGGUGAAGUUCAAGCUAAAUUAUUUCAAGCCGAUGGAGAAAUUGCGACUUUAAAACAACAAUUACUUCAAAUUAAAAAUCAAAAACAAAAGGAAAUUCAAGAAUUAAAAGAAUUACAUAAAAAUUCUGAGAAGAAUAAUGAUGAGCAAAUAAAAGCAUUAAAAUAUGCAGUGCAAAAACUAGAAGAUGAAAAGAGAUUUUUAAAUAAUGAAUUAUUAACAGCUUCAGCUUCAGCUUCAAAGAAACGAAAAUUAACUCAAUCACCAGAGACCACUCCAACUCUGGGAAAAGAAAUUGCUAAAGAUGAUUCUCAAAGUCAUUCUCAAAUUUUAGAAUCUAGUCCAGUUCAAGUAAAUCAAAGAAUUAUAAAAGUACAAAGUGAUUCUUCAUUAUUAAUUGAUCAAUUAUGGGCUCAUUCAAUCAUUGGAGCUAAACGUUCAUCACUUGAGUAUUUAAGUAAAAUAUGUGUAAAUUUUGAAUUAUCACUGGAAAAUGGUUUCAUGAUAAAGAAGAAAACAUCUAUAAAUUCAAGUGUAAUUGAAUUUUUAAUGAUCAAAAAAGAUUUGAGAUUAGAUAAAUUGAUUGAAGAGUUUACAACUGCAUUGAUUGAUAUUAUACAACAAUUAUUAAAGAAUAAUUUUAUAUUAUCAGUACCAUUUUUAUUGUCAUUGAUUUAUUGUUCAAUCAGUUUUAGACCAGUGGCUAAUACUAAAAAUUUGAUUAAAGUACUAUUGAAAAAAUUGUCAACCAUAAGUUUAGAUUUAUCAACUUUACUAAUUUAUAAUCUGGAAGAUAUAGGAGAUAUUAAUGAUUAUGAUGAUAUACUUGAUCAAAUUUUAUUAUUAAAGAAAUUUAUAUUUAUUUGUUGUUUAGAUGUCAUUGAAAAAUUAGUCGAAUUAGCUUCACAAUUUGAACCUGAAUUUAUAAAAGAAAUAUGGACAAAUAAGAUAUUACCUAAAAAACUAGUUACAACCUUACUUAAUGAAAAUUCAGAAAGACUUAAAAAUACAUGUCAAAUCAAUCUUGUAUAUAAUAUUGUGGAAAUGUUGGUAUCAUCAACCACUGAAGAAACAUUUGGAUUUAAUACUAUUGAAUCUGAUGUUAGUAUAAUUAAUUCUUUAUUAAAAGUUUUAUUGAUUGAAAUUACGAUUAAAGAUGGUUUUGAAUUUUAUGGUUUAAAUAGAAUAAUUGGUAAUAAUUCUGAUUAUAUAAAAAUUGAAUCAUUAAUUCCAAAAGAUCAUGAUUUUUUAAAUAAUUAUAUUAUAGAUAUACCAUUACCAAUUCCCUAUGAUUUGAAAGAAAAUGAUGCAUUUGAAACAAGAAUGAAUCAUGAGUUUCAUUUAUUAAAUUUGAGAAUAAAAGUAGCUGAAUUGUUAUUAUCAUUGAUUAUAACCAAACAAACGGUUGAUUUUUUGUUUAAUAAAGAGCAUUUCAAGUCAUUGAUUAGAGUAAUCGGAUUCGAACAAAACUAUAUCUCAAGAUUUCCACGAUCUAGACACACUCAUUUAAGAUGUAAUUUAAUAUCAAUAGUUAUAAAAUUAGUCAAUUACCUUACCCAAGAUUUAAGAGAUGUCGGAGAAUUGAUAUAUACUGAGAUUAUGUAUGAAUUAUUUGUUGUUUUACUGAGAAUUGCAUUUGGUGCUGAUUCAUUAAGUAUAGAGGCACAUAAAGUAUUAUCUCAAAUUAGAAGUAAAGGUAAUUUUGAUCCAAUUUUUAAUAAAUGGAGUGAAGAAAAAGCUAGAAGUAUCCAUCAUUUAACUUCAAAUGAUUAUCAAGAUGGUAAAUUAAUUGCAAAUAUAGAAAGUGAUUGUGCAAAUGGUUUAGAAUUUCCAUAUGAAUCUGAAACAGUUGAAUUGGCAAGAGAAAUCUUAAAUAAAUUUGUUAAUCAUGAUGAAGCUGAUAACUUAUAUUUUAACAUGAAUUAUGAAAAUGAAGAUGAAGACGAAUUAAUGAUAAAUUAA